AUGAACCCUCCCCCCCGUAACUCCAAGGUUGUGGAGACCAUCGCUCAGAUCAAUCGCGACCUUGAAACACUCCCAGACAGGUAUGGUUGGCCUCGACAGAGUGUGAAUGGGUAUCGUAUUCAGGAGCAGCUAUCUGGCACAGAACGACCCAUACGAAUCAUUCAUGUCGGAGCAGGCGCAUCGGGGAUAUGCUUCUCAAAAUUUGCGGCCGAAUCGCUGCACAACGCGGAAUGGUUUACCUGGGCCCGAAAACCUGACUGGUCACACUUCUACUCAUACUCGGAAGAAAUUUGGCAAUAUUUUGCCGACGUUGUCGAGCGGUUCCAGCUACGCAAGUACAUGAAAUUAAAUCACGAGAUCAUCGAUGCUACCUGGGACGAGGACCUUGGGGUGUGGAAUGUGCAGGUCAAAAAUCUCAUAACAAAUGAGGUGUUUGUGGACCAAGCCGAAAUCCUCAUCAAUGGCGGAGGAGUAUUAAAGUAUAAAGAGCAUCCAAAUCUGAACAUUGGUCAGAAGGUACUAGAGACUAACCAGUGCGUACACAGCAAUUGGAAGUGGCCAGAAAUUCAAGGACUGCACAACUUUGAAGGCAUACUUUGUCACACGGCAAACUACCCUGUGAACACCACUUUGGACAAUAAACGGGUUGCAGUCAUCGGCGUUGGAAGCAGCGGCAUUCAGGUCACAGCAAACAUUGCGUCCAAGGUCAAAAAGCUAUAUACCUGGGUACGGUCGCCAACAUGGAUCACUGCUGGAUUCGCUCAAAAGUAUGCUGGACCGAAUGGCGAAAACUUCAAAUACACAGAAAAACAAAAAAGAGACUUCGCCGAGAACUUUCCAGAAUAUGUGGCAUACACCAAGGCCAUUGAAGACGAACUCAAUCAGCGAUUCAAGUUCAUCCUAGCAGGUACACCUGAAGCGCAAGAGGCAAAGGAGUUUUCCACACAACAAAUGCAUGAGAAGCUGAACGGUCGUAAGGAUCUGAUUGACACGAUUGUCCCCACAACCUUUGGGCCAGGAAACGGAUUUUUGGAAGCCCUGACCCUUCCACAUGUCACGACUUUCAGCAAAGAGAUGAAAAGAGUCACCUCGAAAGGGUUUAUCGAUCAUGAUGGACAGGAACAUGAAGUCGAUGUUAUCAUCUGUGCCACGGGGUAUGUCUCUUCGGGCCCGGUUUUGUUUUUUGAGCUCAUGAACAGCCUGCUGAAAUGUCGUCGCAUGACAAGAUUCAAUACAUCAUGGGUGCCUCGAUUUCCCAUCGUGGCGAGAGGCAAGAAUGUCCAAGACAUUCAGAAGGAGAAGCCGAUAUCGUACUUGUCGAUCGGGAUUCCUGAAAUCCCCAACUACUGGACCGUCACCGGUGCCUACGGCCCACUGGGCCACGGGUCAUUUCUGCCCAUCAUCGAACUACUCAUGCAUCAUUUCAUACAAGUGAUCAAGAAGAUGCAAACGGAAAACAUCACGGCGAUGGCCCCACGACGAGCCGUGUGCGACGCGUUCAUAGAGCAUGCGGAUCUGUACCUCCAGCGCACGGCGUGGGCGUCAGGAUGUCGCAGCUGGUUCAAACAGGGCAAGGAGGAUGGACCCUUGGCCAUGUGGCCCGGCUCGAGGCUUCUCUUCUUUGAGUUGCUGGCUCAGCCACGCUACGAGGACUACGACAUCAAGUAUCAGAGCGGCAAUCCCUUUGGCUUCUUGGGCAAUGGUUUUACAACCCGAGAGUAUGACGGCAGAGACAUCUCUUACUAUCUGGGCACCAGGGACGCUCCUGGGGCCUUGCUUUCUGCGACGAUGAACAACGCCCCCGUUCGAACCGCCGAAGAUGGACCAGCUGCCUAG